AUGACGUUUGACCUGGUGUGCAGUGAGCAGUGGAAGCAGCCCUUCACCUCCACAGUUUUCUUUAUUGGAGUUCUUCUUGGAUCCUUCUUCUCAGGACAGCUGGCAGACAGAUGUGGAAGGAAACCUGUGCUUUUUGCAACCAUGGCAGUUCAGACGCUGUUCACCUUCAUUCAGAUCUUCUCCGUCUCGUGGACAAUGUUCACUGUCCUCCUCUUCUUCAACGGUUUGGGGCAGAUGUCUAACUUUAUAGGAGCUUUAGUCCUGGGUGCUGAGACUUUGAUUGGCAAUGUGCGAGUCCUUUACUCAUCUUUAGGCACAUGUUUGGGCUUUGCCAUUGGCUACAUGAUGCUGCCUCUCUUUGCUUACUUUCUGAGGGAUUGGAAGUCUCUUUUAGUGGCACUGACUGUGCCAAGCCUGGCCUACCUCCCCCUCUGGUGGUUCAUCCCAGAAUCUCCUCGAUGGCUGCUUUCUCAGGGAAGAGUGGAGGAGGCCGAGGCCAUAGUAAAAAGGGCUGCUAGGUGGAACAAAGUUCAGGCUCCGAGGGUGAUUUUUGAAGGUUAUAGUGUAAGUACCAAAGAAACCCCUAAACAAAGCUACAAUGUGCUGGACUUGCUCAGUAAAACUGAAUUCAGAGUACUGACUCUCAUUCUUUGCUUGGCGUCAUUUUCUAUGAUUCUUGGAUACUAUGGCUUGUCCUUCAACACAUCCCAGCUCCAUGCAGACCCCUACAUCAGUUGUUUUAUCUCUGCAGCUGUUGAGGUUCCAGCUUAUAUUUCUAGCUGGUUGGCUCUGUUGUACCUCCCACGACGAGUGUCUGUCAUCUCUUCCUUGAUGCUUGAAGCAGUGCCACUUUACCUCAUUCAGCUUGUGCCUGAAAGUUUUCCAAAUCUGUCUCUUGCACUAGAGAUGUUUGGUAAAUAUGCAAUCACCACUGGAUCCUCCCUGAUGUUUGCCUACUCUGCUGAGCUCUACCCUACAGUGAUCAGGAACACAGGAACAGGGACAUGCAUCACAGUUUCCAGAUUAGGCAGCUGCAUGGCACCAGCGUUGCUACAGCUGGGUACAUACUUUCAGUACCUUCCUUACAUCGUGUUGGGAACUCUGGCUACUGUGUCUGCCUUUUUGGCUUUCUUCCUGCCGGAGAGUUUUGGAAAACCUCUCCCUGAAACAAUUGAGCAGAUGGAGCGAAGAAAAAGGUAG